AUGGCAUUUAAUGAAAAUUUAAAUGAAAAAUUUAUAGAAGAUUUCGAGCAUGCAAUUAAUAUUCAAGAAAAGAUAAAUGAUAAAAAAAUAGAUUCAAAAUUGAAAUCAGAAGAAGAGAUUCAAACAG